AUGGGUUACAACUUUAGAGUGGGUUUGCUGUUAUUAACUUUUGCGGGGCUGUAUUGCCUAAGCGAGGCCAACAACAGCCAUAAUUAUCCUGGUGUCAUAGAACUGGUGGGCUAUAGCAAUCGGCGAGCACGCACCUAUUAUGCCCCCAGCGAAGACAAACCUACAGCAGCUCCAGCAGCGGCCAAAAUGCAGGCUGACAUUGAAACGGUCAAGCAAAAUAUUGAAAAAUACAAUAAACUUUUGACUUUGGAUACGAAAAAUCUGCCUGAAUCCCAAAAGGAUAUGUUGGAGAGAAUUGUGGAGAGAGUGGCCCGACUUAAGGAAUCUUUGGAUAUUUCAGAACAGGUUAAGGAGAAGACAAAUGCCACCAAGUCUUUGCCAACAAAAGAAACUGAGUCAGAGGCCAAGGAAAAUACUGAGGAAGAGGAAAAUUCCACUUUGAUACCCACGGCCAUGCCCACAAGCUUCCAGGAGACGGAGGAGGAGGAUAAAACCGAACCCACUUUGGUGUUGGAUGAAACCACUUUGCUGCAAUUGCAAAGCUCUAUGGAUAAAUUGGCGGCAGCUCAAGCGGCCGUUACCUCACAGGCCACACAAAUGCGAGAAUUUCCCACCACCACCGAAAUGAUGCCCGAGGAAAAUUUACAGGAAGAUGAACAAGAAACAACCGAAAGCCCGGAUUCUGCAGAGGAAUAUGAAGGCACCACCUAUGAACCCUCCACCGAUACCACAGACCCUGCUGAACAAUUUGUAGCUGCCCGAUCCAAUAACAAUUUAGCCGGCAUAACAGCCGCCUCCGAUGAAGCCGAAACUAUGGCCACCUUAAGCACCACCAUUGGCAGUCAAAGAACCCUAACCACCAGUGGCAAAAUCUCAAAAACUCGUGCCACCAAAAGGCCUCAUCAUGCAGCCAACAAAAAUACCAACAAUUCGAAAAGACGUCCUUCCACUUCCUCUUCCGCCUACAAUAAAAAUAGCAAUACCAAACAAAAGGUAACCACCAAUUCGGGUGUAACACAACCCUCGUUACAGCAAUAUCAAAAGAUAUCACAGAAACCACAAUACAUUCAACAACAGCCGGCUGCUGCACAAUACGGCCAACCACAGCCCAGUCUGCAACAAGGCUAUCAAUCUCAGCCACCCAAAAGUGUAUCACCUUCCAGCAUAUCUUUGGAUAAAUAUAAUGGCGGUGGUUCGUCUGCUGCGCCCGCUAAUGUGGCUGCCUCGUAUGGCAUUAAUCCUCUGCCCUCCAACUCAGCAGCCGCCACCUCAUUGCCCGUUAAUACAUAUGGCUCGCCAGCGUUAGCAUCAUCAUCGUUGUCGUCCGCUGCUGCAAGUGCCAGCCAAGAUUUAGUUUACGAUCCCCAAGUUAAUGCCUCAGCCAUAAUUGAUAGUUUAAAUAAUAAUGCUCGUGAGGAAUACUAUCAGCAGAAACAAUCACUAACAACGGGAGUGGUUACAAAAGAUAAGAAACCCAUAACUGGUGCAAAACCCACAAAAUAUCACUAUUAUCCACACAAUCAACACAUUUAUUUAUUGCCCGAAUGUGCCAUACAACAGGUCUGUAAUGCAGUAUAUGUGCGCUUAAAUUACACCCAACCUCUGUGUGCCUGUCCAUCGAGAUAUCGUGAUCCCUGCUCAGCCAGUCUAAAUGAAGAUGAUCAACACACCACAAAAUUAGUAGGAGAUGGCAAGAAAAAGGCAAUAACUUUGGCUAAAACAUGUGAAGCAACCACAGAAAUGAGAGAAUGCCGUUCACCCAAAGACUGGUCUUUGUUGGCUUUACAAAAUACUCGUACGGGCAAGUCACAUUAUUUGGUUAUAUGCAGAUGUCCAGAUCACUUUAAAAUGGAGGGUCCCAUGGCUCAUGAUCAACCCACAUACGCCAGCGUACCCGGUAUACGUGUAUUCGGUAUGAUGUGUGUUAAACCUGGCUAUUCCAUACGCAAACCCUCGGCUCAACCACCCAAACGCUAUCAAUUGCAAAAACCUUUCUAUAGACCAGGCUCACAAACUGCCUUUGGCCAAAGCAACCUUGGUAAUAACAAAGAUGCCUACGGCAGACCUUCAUAUGGUAGCAGUUCCUCCUCACAAAGUUCCCAAAGCGCCUCUUCUUCCUCAAACUUUAAUGCAGCCCCUAGCAAUAACUAUCACGGAGCAUCCGAUUCAUAUCAAACGCAACAAGGAAAUUAUCAAUAUUUAAAUAGACCCGAGAGCAUAUCGUCUGCUUCCUUCAACAGCAACAACAAUAACUAUAAUAAUAGACCCGAACCGGUUUCUAUAAAUAAUUUCCCAGGCGCUGGCUAUGGCCGUAAUAAUGAACGUGAAGGUGAUGCCCCCAUAGAGGCUGCCACCGAGGUGGAUAAUAAACUAUUGAUCAAUACCUCAACACAGGCGGCCGAAGAGGCCAAUACCACCUUAAGUGAAGACACUACCAAGACGGAGGAGUUGAAACGUGAAAAGAGAUCGUUAAGUGAAAAUACCAUUGAUCCCGAUGAUGAUGUACCCGAAUUUCCCUGGGAUCGUGUUAUAGAAUUUGAGAAAACCGUAGUCUGGGAUUAAGUACAGAUCAAAUGAAAAACUAUAAAAAGCAACU